AUGCCGAUGGGCGGAGAGGACUGCCCACCCGGGGCGAUCUCGGGCUGGACUCGGGGCCCCCCGUCAAGCCCCCUGGGACUUCCUUCCGGCAUCGAGUACUGGAAGACCUACUGCGAGACUAUCGGCUUCUCGGACGAGUCGGUCAGCAAGGAUGAGCGCAAGCGCCAGGAGAUCAUCUAUGAGCUGAUCCGCACCGAGUCGCAGUAUGUCAACGAUCUGUACUUCGUGUGUGAGGGCUUCCUCAAGGAAUUCGAGACCGACAUCUACAUCAAGGACAUUGCCACGCGCGAGAGCUUCAUCCACGCGGUCUUCGACUCGUGGGAGGGCAUCCUGGCGGUCAACUCCAAGCUGUGCGCCGCGCUGCUCAAGCGCCAGAAGGAGCAUCCGGUCGUGUCGCGCAUUGGCGACAUCAUGAAGGACAUCGCCGACGACAUGCGCGACUCCUACCUGUCAUUCAUCCCGAACGAGACCCUCUCCUUGAGCACGCUCAAGUCCGCCGAAAGCACGUAUCCCAUGAUUCGGGCGUACCUGAAGAAGGCCCGGGAAUUCCAUGUCUUCCAGCGUCUGCCGCUGCAGAGUUUCCUGUCGCGCCCUCGGACUCGGCUUGGUCGCUACCCCAUGAUUGUUCAGCGCAUCAUGGAGGGCAUGCCGGCCGACCAUCCGGACAUGCCCGAUCUCAAGGCCGCGCAUCAGACUUUUACCAAGAUCUCUCAGGAUGCCAACCGCCUGGCGGAGAUCUUCGAUUUCGAGCAGAGCCUCCGCAAUGUCAACCGCUUCGAGUGGCUUGAUCUGCGCAACAUCCGCCGCGAGCUCCUGUGCGAGUUCCCAGUCCGUUUCUCCUCUACCUCCGAGAGCCGGGAGAACAUGAAGGUCUUGGUCUUCGACAAUUGCUUCCUGCUUGUCAAGCCCAAGAACGAGGGCGACAAUGUGACCCACGAUUUGCGCUUUGCCUCGACCUUCGAGUUCACCGCCCUUGAGCCCACCGCCGACAUGGAUGGCCUGCACCUGGCCCUGCAGCUUGGGUCGACUACCCAGGAGACCCCCUCGGCCAACACCCGCCGGCGGAACCACGCCACCAUGCGCUCGGUCGGCAUGUCCCGGUCGAAGGCCUCCCUGGACGAGUCGUCCACCUGGUACUUCGUGAGUGGCCGCGCGCCGGACAUCCAUACGCUGGAGUUCUCCUCGCCUGAUGAUUGCAAGUCCUUCAAGGAGAUCCUCAGCGAGCGCAUUGGCCGGAUCACCACCCACACGCACACCUUCUCCCAUCGGAUUCUGUCGAACAAUGACGUGGCCGCCUCGGCCCAGACCAAGGCCAAGAACCCCUCCACCAGCAUCGAUGACAUUGCCUGCUCGUGCCGCUUCACCGACGCCUCCGGCUCAUAUGUCAUCAUCGGCAACUACCAUGGCAUCUUCAUCUCCAAGGAGGAGGCCGCCUCGGGCAAGGAUGGGUCCGCCGACGCGGCCUCCGGGUCACUGGUCUUCCACCAUGCCAUUGCCCUGGAGAAUGUCCGCCAGGUGGCGGUCAUGUCGCCGCAGAACUUCCUGCUGUUCAUCUACGGCGCCAACAACCUGCUGGCCACCAUCCCCAUGGACUACCUCCUGUCCAAGGCCAGCACCGUGCUCACGGAAAAGCACAUUCACAAGGUGGAGAAGUCCGACCGGGCGCAGUUCUUCUCGAUUGGCCAGACCCUCGGCACCAAUUUCGUUGCUCUCGCCAAGGCACCCAGCUUGUCGCACAGCCGGUCGCUGAAGCUGUACAAGCCCUUCAGUGCACAGAAGGAUGGCAAGACCAUCUGGCGCAUGUCGCGUGUCAAGAAGUUCAUCCUCUCGGGCGAGGCGUCCUCGGUGAAGUUCCUGCCGGAUGCCCUGUGUGUCAUUUCCCCCCGGUCGAUUGACCUGGUGCGCAUCGAGGAUGGCGACGUGUCGGACAUCUACCAGGUCCCGCCGAAUGACACGAUGUCCGCCAUCCGGAACCUCACCCCGCGCGAUGUCUUCACCAAUGCCGAGCUCAAUGAGUACAUUCUAUGUUACCGGGAGUUCUGUGUCUUCCUCCACCAGAAGACGCGCACCUUCUCCCGAGACCUGGUUCUUGGGUGGGCCAGCGCGCCGCGGUCCUUCGUCCAUGCCAGCCCAUUCAUUCUGGCCUUCUGUGACCAUCACAUCGAGGUCCGGUACCUGUCGACUGGAGACCUGGUGCAGGUGAUCAUGCUCCCCGGGGUCCGGCUAGUCACCAUGGUCGACACCAACCCCGGGCGGUCGAUCUACUGCUCGGCGUACACGCAUGAUGAUGGCCGCCCCCGCCUUGUUCAGAUUCAUCUUGCCGAGGAGGCCAGUCCCCGUGUUCGGGAGAUCCAGGCCGCCCUGGCUUCCUCUCUAGACGGCAGCAGCGACUCGGCCGGCCCGUCGCGCACGUCGCUGCCCGUCUCCCAGGGCGGUGGCGAGGGCAAGUGCCUGUACGUCGACACCGAGGGGACCUUCCGCCCGGAGCGCCUGGUCGGCGUGGCCGAGCGCUUCGGCCUGGACCCAGCCGAGGUCCUGGACAAUGUGGCCUACGCGCGGGCCUACAACUCCGACCACCAGACGGCCCUGCUGCUGCAGGCCAGCGCCAUGAUGAUUGAGACCCGCUAUGCCCUGCUGAUCGUCGACAGCUCGACCAACCUCUACCGGACAGACUACCACGGCCGCGGGGAGCUCAGCGCCCGGCAGAUGCACCUGGCUCGCUUCCUCCGGACACUCAUGCGCCUGGCCGAUGAGUUCGGCAUCGCCGUCGUCAUCACCAAUCAGGUGGUCGCCUCGGUGGACGGCGGCGCGGCCAUGUUCAAUGCCGAUCCCAAGAAGCCGGUCGGCGGCCACAUCAUGGCCCACGCCUCCACCACGCGCCUCUACCUGCGCAAGGGCCGCGGGGAGACCCGCAUUGCCAAGGUGUUCGACAGCCCCUGCCUGGCCGAGGGGGAGGCCGUCUUCGCCAUCAACCCCGAUGGUGUCGGCGAUGCCAAGGAGUGA